AGUUUUCCCAAAAUGGUGUAAUUGCAAGCGUUUUAUCUUGCGAGCGAGGUACGUAUUUACUAUUUACGUUAUGUAUAAUAACAAUUUCUACCUCAGGAAGACAAAUCCUUGUUGAAUCUUCAAGAAAUACAUUCCAGUCUGAAGUGAUAGAGGUUGACAACGCCUCGAAAGCAUAAUUCGUUGAUGUGAAAGUAUGGACCGGAUAAGUGGUGGUUGGAAGAAAUAUGCCUUGGUGCAACCGCCUAUGAUGAUGUUACUUUUCGCUCAAGCAAUGACAGGGACCAUUUUGACGGAUUUAAUAGUAUAUCGUACUUGUAGAGUAACGCUAGCAAUAAACAAGACAGAGUGCCUUGUCCUGCACCAGAAUAGCAGUAGCGAAAUGGCAUUCAGUAUAGAGGCUGAAGCACAACCUCGUGUUAGUAUUAUCCUCAUGGUGAAAUCUCUCAUCGAGAGCAUGUUACCUGCGUUUCUGUCCCUGUUUUUGGGACCAUGGAGUGAUAAGUACGGGCGUAAGCCUCUUCUUGUUUCUGGAUAUGCCGGAUUCACAAUAAUGUUUAUCAUAUUUUCCUUUCUCUGCAACUGGGACAUCGAUCCGUGGUUUUUACUACUAGCAUAUGUGCCUCCAGCUUUUUGUGGAGGCUUCUGUGCUCUUAUUUUGGCGACGUAUUGCUAUAUUUCAGACAUCACAACCGAUGUCGACAGAGCGUGGCAAUUAGCAUGGUUAGAAGCGAGCAUAUCCAUUGGACUUUUAUUGGGUAUCUUUUUAGGGCCCUUGGUUUAUGACAAGUUUGGUUAUAGCGUUGUCUUCAUAGUGGCAACGGCCUGCUGUAUUACAGCGACACUUUACGUUUUGUUUUAUGUUCCCGAACCUGUACGGAAUCAAUCUACGGCAUCAUGGGGCAGUUUAUUUAACAUUUCCCUAGUGCAAGAGAUGGUUAGAUCGUGCAUUAAGCGUCGAAAUGGUUUCGAUCGAACCAUAGUCUGGUGUUGUAUAAUUGCUCUUGCAUUGUCAAUUUUGGUACUUGAAGGCGAGUCCACCAUUGGAUUUUUAUUUGCAAGGGAGAGACUGGGUUGGGACAUAAUGCAGUUCUCAAAUUACUUGGGUACAAAUGUCAUAAUGGGUAUAUUCGGUACUAUUCUUGGCGUUAAACUUUUAGGAGAUUACGUUGGUGUCUCCAACACGGCUCUAUCGGUGUUAGCAUACUUGUCAAAUUUCAUCAGUGCGUGUAUAAAAUCUUUUACAUGGCUACCAUGGCACAUGUAUUUAUCGGUAGGUCUAGGAAUGUUUGGAGGAGUUCACAGACCUUUAUUAAGAGCCAUAAUAUCGAAAUCAGCACCAACGCAAGACAUUGGAAAAGUAUUUUCUCUGACAACUUCAGUGGAGACGAUAACACCACUGGGAGCAGCACCGCUGUACACUUUAAUAUAUUCUAGUUUUAUGCCACCUCUAUAUCCGUCACCUAUCUGGUUAGUGUCGGCAGGAUUUUAUAUAAUCAUGAUUUUAAUCAUAAUUAAAGUGGAACAGCAGCUAGCAAAAUUCAGUAGUGAUCGAUAUGAACCGCUUAUUCAAGAGAAUGAAUAAUUGCACGAGAUGUUUCGACUGGAUACGGUAAAAGGCAUGGAACAAAUCAUUCAAAUUUAAAUGUGAUAAAGUGAAUGGAUAUCCUGUGGGUUUUUAAGCAGGAUUUACUUAUUGUGAUGUUAAAUUUAAAACGCACAAUUUAUUAUAGUUGAAGAACCAAAUAUCAGUUUUAAAUAAGGUCCUAAUUUUUCAAAGAUGUACGUUACAUUUAAGAUCAUCUUUGAACGCGCGAACAAUAAGGUGCUUGUUAAGACUUUUUGUUUCUUUUUUUUUUUAGGAUGUUUCUUUUAAAAAUAAAUCGUUUAAAGGGAAGCCGCAUAUGCCUACUUUGCUUUAAGUCAUAAUAUUAUAUGGUGCUUUCUAAUUUUAAAACUGAACACUGAACGUUUUAAUUUUAUUUGAGGUGAACAUUUUUUCAUUUCAUACGAAAAUAAUGUCUAAGUAAUCUCAGGCAAAAGUACCUAAAAUAAAGUAUUGAAAUAAUUCUAUAUAGAUUUGUAAAGGCAGAUUUAACAGGAAAUAAUGCAGUUAAGAAGAAAAACUGUGAUAAAUGAUUUAUGUGUUAUACAAAUUCGAUCACAUAUCUAGCAUGUAGUAAUAGAAAAUAAAAAGAAUUGACUACAAAUAUUUUUAUUAACGGAUGUAGAUUUUGGAUGGUUUUUUAAUAGAUAUGAAAUAUUAACAAUAUUGUACGUAAAAUCAACACUUUUAAACACAGUUGUAAAAUAAAUACAAUUGUAAGAGAAUAUUAAAUGAAAUAGAUAAUGUACGAGAGCAAA